AUGUCCAGUUCGAUUUCUCAGGCGUUUAAAGGAUUGAAUCUUGGCCGCGCUGAAUCGGUUUCAGAGCAUGAAAACGUUUACGAAGUGUCGUACCAGUACUUGAGUAAUGUUCGUGGUUUCCAAGACGUAAACUCAUUCCACAACUGUUUGGUGGCCCUUAUUAAUUUGGACAAAUAUCACAAGGCUUUCCAGUUGAUCCAGAAGGUGGGUGAAGACGUUCAUAGUAGCUUUGUAGUGGAAAAGGCAUACAUUUACUACAAGUUGGGGAAGACUAAGCUACUUGAAGAGUUGUACGCAGGACAGAUUGACCAGUUAGACUCCAACAGUAUUGGGGCCAGAGCUUUGAAGCACAUUGUAGCACAGAACCACUACAAGGAGGGAGCUAGUGUUCCAGCAUUGAAGUUGUAUCAAGAAUUGAUUGGAAGCAAUAAAGAAAUCGAUUCUACAUUGGACUUGAGCUGUAACGAAAGUGCUAUCAUCAGUCAGAGUAAUUUUAUGGGCCAUGAAGUUAGCCAAAGUGCUGAUCUCUUGUCGUCUUCUUCUAUUUCUCUGUCGAGCUCAUCUUAUGACUUGCUCUUCAACCAAUCCUUGAUUCAACUAUCACAAAACAACUUUGAAGGCGCUUUGAGCCUUUUGUCCAAGGCUGAAUCAGAAUGCUUGGAGCAAAACGUGGACUCUGAUGCAGAAGACUUGAUGCUUGAAGUAACUCCAAUCAGAUUAACCGUUGCUUAUGUGAAUCAAAUAUUAGACAACGAUGAAGUAGCAAAGGAUAUAUUGUUUCUGUUAAAAUUGGAAACAAUUAACGAUCCAAUGAUCAAAUUGAUCGUUGCCAACAAUUACUAUUCAGUUAAUGGAACAGGAGAACAAGAAAUUCUUUUAGAGAGAGAAUUGAACUACCAGAAAAACUUACAUACAUUACAGAACAAGUUGACCAAGCCACAGUACCAAUCCAUCAUAAAGAACCAUUUCAUAUUAAGCUACAAUUCCAGCACGUUGUCGACGCUGUCUUCUUACUUCAAACCUGCCUUUCUUCAGAACUGGGUUGAGUUAUAUGGAGGUGAAUACACCCCAUACGUCUAUAAGGUGUUAACUAAAUUGAGAAUCAGCCUGUCUGAGUUAGAAGAAGAUGCAUCCAGCAAGGAAAAGGUUGUCUACAAGUUUGUCACCGAACAGUUGAAGACUCCUUCUUCUAGCGAUGUAGGGACUACCAUCGGAGCACUCUUCAUCCUCUUCCACCUUAAUCACAAAGCUCAUAAAUAUGACCAUAGUAUAUCUAUCUUGGAAAAAUUGUGUAUUGGCGGGGAAUUCACCGAACUCAAGACAUACAAGCCCGCAUUUUCAGGUAUAUUGAUCAAGAUUUACGAAACUUUGAACCUUUCCAAUAAAUUGACAUCGUUCUUGUCAUAUUUGACAGAAAAUUUCCGUUCUUCUGAUUUCAAAGAUAUCAACUACUAUAACUUUGCUAAGAUUAUUGGGUUUAAAUUAAUUCUGAUUGACGAAGAGAGUGCGAAGGGAAUAUUCCAAAAGCUCUUGAAUGAAAAUUCUAAUGAUAAGCUUAUCAAGUCUGUUCUCAGUGGUGAUGACAGUUUCGAAUUGGAUACGAUAAAAAAUCUCACAUCGUCAGCAACCAAGACAGUGGAAGAGUUAUUGAAAGUUGAGAUUGAAGAUUUGAUUAGACAGCCCGCCAACGAUGUAUCCACGAGCAGACCGUCUGCAGCUAAGACUAAACCAAAGGCUGCCAUUGACAAGGUGGCCAAGGUGAAGAGGGCCAAGUUCUCAUCCAAGAAGAUUUACAAGGACGAGUUUGAUCCAACUGGACUAGACAAGGAAAGAUGGUUACCAAUGAAGCUUCGUAGCUACUAUAAGCCAAGCAAAAAGGAUAAAAAGAAAAACGCAGGAGGGCACCAAGGUGUGGUAGAGCAUAGUUCGACUCCUACGCCUUCCUCAAGCGGAAAUUCAUCCAAGAAGAAGAAGAAGGGUAAGAAAUAG